AAUCCAAAAUCUGAAAGUCUAAGAUGAAGGCCACUACUAUUCUAGCCGUUGUUUCCGUGCUCACCGCUUGUCUUUUGAGGAGCAGCGAGGCGGUGACCUGCACCGCCGAUGCCACUGUCACAGGAUGCAUUGACUGCACCACCAAUCCAACCGAUUCCGAGUGCGUGGCCGAGGCAGCCGCCGAUACAACCAGUACAACUGUAGCAACGCCCACCACCACCGCCACCACAACAUCAGCGACGGCGACCACCACUGCGGCCUCCAGCACAAACACUUCCUCCGGACGGCGAAAGAUCGUGCGCAUCACCAAUCUGCGCUACACCAACGUUCGGCGCAUCCGCGUCAACCGGAAUGGAUCGGGGAGCACCACCGUCCGGAAUCGGAGGCGCAGGAACAACUCCAGACGUGUCAACGUGAGGCGGGCCAAUGGAAACGUUAUUGUUGUCGGCUAAGUACGCGGAAUUCAAUAAAAUGCUCAACAAG